AUGGGGAUCACGUGUAUGGUAAACUCCACAGCCUACGCUCCUGAAGAACUCAAAAACUUCUACAAAAACGAGCCCAUCGACCACUCCCACGAUGUGUGCAAACCCAUCGUUGACGAGAGCGUGGCCAAGGAGGACGGCUAUGUGGGAUAUUUGAUGUGGUCUCCCUCUAUGCAGUCGGCCUUAUUUGGUGCUAUAUUUUACGGUGGUCUCGUAACGAUGGCCUUCUCCGGGUAUCUGGCCGAUCGGUACGGGCCGAAAAUGUUGCUUGUUGCUGCCGUAAUCGAUUGCGUCGUGUUCACGAUGAUUGGCCCGACGCUGGCAGAGCGUUCAUACCCGGCCUUUUUUGCUUCUAGAGCCAUGAUGGGUAUUGGAAUUGGAUGCGUCCAACCAUGCAUUAAUAGUAUGGCCUCAAAAUGGUUCCCAUCAUACGAAAAAUCUACUGCCGGAGCGUUGUACACUACGGGUAAUCAGUUGGCGUCCAGUUUCACGUCAUUUUUCGUCGCCGAACUCUGCGCCUCCUCCCUCGGAUGGCCCUCAUUUUUCUACUUUUUCGGUGGUGUCGGACUACUGUGGUCCGUUUUCUGGAUCAUCUUCGUCACAAACUCCCCGCAAGACAAUCGCUGGACCGGGGAGCAGGAGAAAGAGUUUCUGGAGCGCGAGGUGUUGUCCAGGAAGCAGAAGGAUAUGUUGGUCCGCCAAGGCCUCCCCAUCCGCCACCUCCUCUUCAACCGCACCAUGCAGGCCAUCUACUUUUGCCAGUUCGCCUUCAGCCUGUGCGCCGUCAUCAUGCAGUCAUUUUUGCCGACAUACUUCAAGGACCACCUAUUUUUACCGAUCCAUUUGAACGGCCUCUACAACAUUGCCCCCUUCUUCACCCAAAUCGUCUCUAAAAAUAUUGCUGCUAUCCUGUCGGACUAUUUGAAGAAGCGAGAGCUUGUUGAUUCCGACACCUUGGUCAAGUUCUUCCAGGGUUGCGGGUCUAUCGGGGUAUCUAUCAUACUCUUCCUCCUCGCCUGGUUACCGUCUUGUGAAAACCCGGCAGUGGCCCUAUAUCUUCUAUCGGCAUAUGUAGCUCCUCAAUAUUCUGGGACCAUUUCUUCGAUAUCUACCGGUUACGCUACGGUGGCUAGCCUUGCUGGACCAAACAUUAUUGCGCUGAUCGAUUAUUUGGACCUCCCUAACAAAUGGCUGAUCGUCUUCGGUCUCUGCGCUACCAUUCAAUUUUGCGCCGGUUGUUUCUUCGUCUGCUUUGGUCAAGCGAAAAUCCAGUCCUGGGCGCAGCCGAAAGACUCGAUCGACCUCACGACAGCGCAGAAA